AGAAAGAAAAAUAUUUAAUUUUUUUUAGCCCCCACAAGUCUAUAAGUGUGUCCGUCCCGGGACACAAUCCAUAAACCUGAUAUAUUAUUUUUGUACCGUAUUUUGCUUAUACCGGCCUUUAUUUCUUAACAGGGUAGCCCUUAUUUCGUGCUUCUUGUGUUGUCUCGUGCUAUUAAGGAUAUAUUUUUCGUGUCAUAUUGUGCCAAGUCGUAGUAUUGUGUCAUAUAAUGUCUAAAUUCGUAUUUUUUCGUGUCUACUCAUACUCAUGUCUUCUGAAUUCGUACCAAUUUUGUAUGGCGUAAAAAUAAUAAUAUACAGUAGUUGUGAAUACCAUGCUCAAUAGUGGUCUUUCAUUUUUUAGUUUUUUAAACCUCUACAAUUGUAUUUAAUACAUAUCAGUCAACAACUGAGCAAUGUCUUAUCAAAACAAAAUUAGCCAUAAUGAUAAUAUUAAUAUAUAUUUCAACAAACCAAUAACUCUCUAUAUUUUAAUUCCAAGAAAUCUAUACAUACAUAUACAAAUUUAGUACAAACUUUGACCCGUCUGAAAAUACUAUAUAUAUAUAUAUAGCCUACGUUUAUAUAUUUGGAAUCUUCUACUUGACUUGGUUGACCAACACAUAUUAUAUAUAGAAAUUUUGUUAAUAAUAAGGACAUAUUAGCGUACAAUUUGGAAUAAUCUCUACUUGACUUGGUCGUCGACCAAUAGAGAUCUAUUUUCUUUAUAAGUAAAAUAUAUAAUUAUAUAACAAGGAAAUUAAAAUGCAACUUAAUUGGUUAUCGUUUAAUUGAUUAUUAUGUAUUAUAUUACAAUAUUAUUUCUCUAGUUAUAUAUAAUUAACUUGAUAUUAUAUACUUAAUUAAUUACCUAACGGACUAGUACUGGUUUUCACUUAUAUAAUUAUAUUAUAACUAAUAUAUAUAUAUGUUCUGUGGCCUGUGUGCCUAUAUAUAUAUACAAGAACCUAAUUAUGUUUCCUCGACCAUUUAUAUAUCAUCAAAGCAUAUAUAUUACAAUCUGAUAUAAUAUAUGGCCACAAAUAAUGUUCUGCUACUUUUCUUUGCGUCUUUUCUCCUUAUGACAGUUUAUACUGCUGCUCAUGCAAGAAUCUUCUUACCAGAGAAUAAUAGAAGCGAAAUAUCAAAGUUAGAAGGACAAAAACCACCACUAACACCAUCACCAUCGAUACCAAAUCCAUUUCCUCUUUCGAAGAAGAUUGGAAAUAUUAUAAGAAGAACACUGGAGCCAAUGAUGUCGCCUCAACACUUAUCACUACUUUUAAAUGGUCUAUCCAUAAAAAAUGAAGAUGAUAACCAAUUCAUCGAAGAAGAGAUUGGUAGUACUAUUGUUGAUAGGCCAAUGCCUCCAUCGCCACCGCCACCAAAACCAAAACCAUUUCCAACUCUUCCAAAGGAGGUUGGAAAUAUCAUAAGAAGAACACCGAAAGCCAAUGCCUCCAUCGCCACCAUCACCAAAACCAAAUCCAAAUUUAAUAUUGGCAUUUUAGUCAAGGGCAAGUGAAUUAUGAAAUUCAUGAAGAUGACGUGGACCAAUCACAUCAAACUAUUAUAUAUAUUAUAAUUUAUGUGAGUGAGUGAAAAAAAUAAAACAAUUCAUUAAUAAUUUGUGUUUGUCGUGUCAUGUGUAGGUUUACAUAUUUUUAUGCUUUAAAACUUAUUAUCCUUUCCAAGAAUAAUUGAUUUUAAUAAUAUACAUAAACUUGAGAAAAAUAAUGUAUGUGGUGUUUAUAUCAUGGGUUUUUAUUUUAUAUAUUUAAGUGUAAUGAUUCUUAAUUAGUACAUUUUAAAUUAAGACACAAAACAAUGAUAAUAAAU